ACCGGAGUGCCCCCAGUCUCCACGUUAUCCUGCUUCAGCCCGACCCGUUCGCCAUGAAGUAUUAUUCCACUCGGGCCAGGUACGCGGCGGCCCCCGCCAGCCUGAAGCCCAGCCGUGCCGUCCGCUUCCCCAACGACAUUGUAUUCCAGGAUCACAUUCGCCAGGGAGACCUGGAACAGGUCGGGCGCUUCAUCAGAGCGAGCAAGGUCAAACUGGACACCAUAUACCCAUCCGGAAUGGCAGCUCUUCAUGAGGCCGUCCUCACGGGAAACCUGGACUGUGUGAAACUGCUGAUCAAGUACGGAGCUGACAUUCAUCAAAGGGACGAGAAUGGCUGGACAGCCCUCCACAUGGCAUGUAGUGACGGACACACUGAGAUCGCAAAGUACCUGCUGACUCAGGGAGCCCAGGUGGAUGCGCUGAACGAUGAUGGGGAGCUGCCUGUCGACCUGAUUGACCCUGAGGACGUCGAGCUGCAGGUGCUUUUCGGGCCCCGAGGGGCUGUUUGAUGAGGUCCCUGAAAUCAUGCAACGUGAUUCUUUGGCUGAGGUCCCGACCGGACCAAAUCUUCAGCUGCGGAUAGUAAACACCAAGUGUACUGUGAUGGUGGAAGGGAAGGAGAACUUGGGCAAGGACCUGCGCUGCUCCCCUGAGCUUAUUCCCUUGUGUUUUUUGGCUUCACCAAUGCCGUUUCUUCAGUAAUUUUACAUGAUUUUAUCAAAAAGUUAAUUUUAAAGAACAUUUUCACAACAAGGAUUAUUGGUCAAAAUUUCAGACUUCCUGCAAUGGUGUUUAGGACUGACCACUGUGGCAGCUCAUGGCUAUAUACUGACAAAUAACCAGUCUUACAUGCAUUGGAGUCUUAACUUGUGGCAGUUCCAUUGUAAUUUGUAUUACUUAAAUAAUCUCACUUAUUCCAGUGUGAAGUUUUAAUCUUUUUGGUGAAGAAUGUUUACUGAAUUUUAAAUACAGUUUACCAAAUAUAUUUGCUAUUUUCUCCCAAGCCUUUCUACUUGCUUGUCCCUUCAACACACUCCUCAAAACCUUCCUCCUUAUCCACACAUUUGUCCCAAAAAAACCUUUCACCGCCAACCUCUGUCUGAUUAUUCUCCUGUAAAGCAACUUGGGAUGCUUUACCAGAUGUUGAAGUCAU